AAGUGUAUUGUGAUCUGUGGUGAGCGAUGGUUACCAGGUGGGGGAAAUAAUGUGAAAAGGAGUGAGCGUAGUUUAGUUUGUGACAAGUGCCUUACAUGCAUCGUUGCCUCGUGUGGCUGUCAGAGUUAGCCAGGACGUGCUGAAUCCAUUGCAUUUAAAGACGUCGGAGCCGAAAUGAUGUGGUGUGGCCAUGGGCGGCACGUGGAUGGACCACAGUGGACACCAUAUGAUGAAUCACAGUGGACACCAUAUGAUGGAUCACAGUGCUCACCAUAUGAUGAAUCACAGCAUGGGAAGUCAUGCAGGGCAUGUUGGACAUGAUUCUCCAGUAGUUCCUACCCAGAUGGAUGUGGUGGUACAUGAUCACAAUGUUGAUACAAUCCAUAUACAUGCCAGCCAUGAUCUCCCAGACCAUGCUGGUCAUGAUGCAUGUGGCAACAUGCAUGGGCAUUCCAUGAUGGCAAUGACCUUCCACACAGGCUACUGUGAAACUGUUCUUUUUGAUAGCUGGAAAAUAAGUUCUGUGAAUGGCCUUAUAGGUUCUAUGAUUGGAAUUCUCUGUAUGGCUGCACUAUAUGAAGGACUGAAGUAUUACAGAGAAUACCUGUUUUGGAAGACUUACACGGGUUUGCAAUAUAGAUCUGUUUCCGUUCCAGCAGAAAAAAAUGUGGUUUCAGAAGACAAUCAAGUAGUUGACGUCGUAGGAGAAGUUAUACAUAAGCAACCGCGCAACAUGUUCAGUUCAAUGCACUUCUUCCAGACCUUUCUCCAUGUAGUGCAAAUCAUCCUGAGUUACUUCCUGAUGCUGAUAUUCAUGACCUACAAUGUAUGGCUAUGCAUGGCUGUUGUUAUUGGUGCUGCACUAGGAUAUUUUUUGUUUGGUUGGAAGAAAUCUGCAAUUGUCGAUGUAACUGAACACUGUCAUUGACAGAUAUUUAUUUGCUUAAGUGUAAAUUAUGACUAUGAUGGAUAUAUUUUAGCUUAAUUGUUGUUGAGUGUUGUCUUGUUCAGGAAUUAUGUUAAAGCUUGAGAUGGACUGCAUGUAGCAUUACCUCAGUCCAAUAUAUAUUUUUUAUAUUUUUGAUGCCUUCGUGACUCUAAAGUCGCAGAUUUAAGUGUACAACUCUUUGGUAAAAUUUUAACAGUUAGUAAGAACUGCUAAUAUUUUUAUUGCGUCACAUUGACACGGUCAGUGAUUAUUUUACAGCAUAUUUUAAUAAUGUACUGUAUUAAAAUCAGGGAAACUAUGAACAUUUAUUUAGAGCAAUUGUUUGUGAACUGGAAUUUUGUAGUAAUGAAGUAGUACAUUCCGAGAAUAAUUCUGUUGGCAAUUUAGUUUGUAUUUCUUAAUAGUAUGAAAAGGAAACUUAUUUCAAUUUUGAAGCCAAAAUAAAAACUUAUCAGUUUUCUUAAAUAAGUGAUGUAAUGAUGAAAACUAUAGAUACAAAUAUGGCAAGUUAUCCGCUCUAUCUCAUUUUGUUAUGUUUUAUUCACAUCUGUCAGCUGUUUUGUGAUGAUGUUAUAGUUACUUUCGGUUUGCAUAAAAGAAAAGCAUCAGUUUUCUGUAGUGACUGGACACCUUACAAAAUCCGGAAAAUAUAUUAGUGUUUUCACUGUAUAGUUCUAUGGGGAGUUAAUAUCUGCAGGCACUCUCUAAGCCUAACAUUGAUGUUACAAUAUUUAACCAAAGCUACUUCUGACUUAUACAUCAAAGCAUCAAAAAUGUUGCUGGGUAAUAAUAAUUUUCUGUGGUACUCUUCUGCAAAAUUAUCUGUCAGUUAUGGUAGAAAUAUUAAAUAAUGUGCCUUACAUUGAAAAACUCAAAUAAAAGUGAUAAUAAUGUACACAAUGGCUUCCAUGUACAAUUUCCUGUUGUUAAUCAUUGUGUAUUCAGUGUGAGUAGACAUUCAGGUUUUUUUUCAUUUUUUUUUAAUUUGUGAGAGCUGGAAUGACAUGAAAAUUUCUUUUUUUACAACACAGAAUCACGUUAACAUGACAUUCCAUCCUAAAUAUUUGUUUGCUUGUUUUUGAUUUGCAUAAUGUUUGUGCCACAUCAGAUACCGGCACUUGAACCAUCUCCAUAAUAUGGAGAGAAUAUGAAGCUGAAAAAAAAGCCAGUUGUUACCAAUAUGACUUGUUAAUGUAUUCAUACAUGUAUAAAAGAUCUGACAAUAGUGUACAUUACACUGUGAAACAUAACUGUUUGAGACCAGUAAUAAAGAACACGAAGAUUUUUAAAAAUA